ACGGCGCGGCUCGGCUCGGCCCGGCCCCGCGGAGGGCGCGGCGCGGGGGGGGGGCGGCGGCGGCGGGGCCCGGAGCGGAGCCAGGCUGCUGUCCCCAAGGUGUCCCCGGCGCAGGGACGAUGAGCGCUGCCGCAGCCCGGAGCCAACCGGGGACGGGUCCCCGAGCCUGCAGAGCCACGGGGACGCGGAGCUACGGCUGAGCCCGGCGUGCCGAGCCGUGCUGCGCCGUGCCACGCCGCGCCAGGCGGAUGGAAAGCUGCGCCCUGGCAGGUAGGGGUGCUCCAACCCACCCCAUAGCAGUGCAAAGCCCCCUGGCACCCGAGUCCUUGCGGGCUGGGCUUUGUGCCCCCACCCCAUGGUGACCCAUGUCUCUGCACCCCACAGGGAGCCCCGCCGGCCGCCUGCCUCCACCCCGUGCCUGCCGGCCCCCUCCCGCACCCGCCCCGCGCCCCAGCCCUAUGCCAGGCGAGCGGCGCCCGCCUUGCCCACCCACCCGCCAUGAAGUGCUCGCUGCGCCUCUGCUUCCUCUCGACCGCCUUCCUCCUCGUCUUCGUCAUGUCCGUGCUCUUCACCUACUCCCACCACAGCAUCGCCUACCUGGACCCCGGCGGGCUGGGCGGCAUCCACCGGGUGAAGCUGGUGCCCGGCUACGCCGGCGUGCGGCGGCUCGGCCACGGGGGGCUGUACCCGAGGGGCUGCGCCUGCCGCCGCUGCCCCGAGGACGUCGCCGACACUGCGGCGGCUUGGUUUGACAGCCGCUACGACGGCCGCGUCUCCCCGGUGUGGACUAAGGAGAACAUGGAGCUGCCGCCGGACGUCCAGCGGUGGUGGAUGAUGCUGCAGCCCCAGUUCAAGUCCCACAACACGCAGGAGGUGCUGAGCAAGCUUUUCCAGAUCGUGCCAGGCGAGAACCCCUACCGCUGGCACGACCCGCGCCACUGCCGGCGCUGCGCCGUGGUGGGCAACUCGGGCAACCUGCGCGGCUCUGGCUACGGGCCCGAGAUCGACGGGCACGACUUCGUUAUGAGGAUGAACCAGGCGCCUACGGUGGGCUUUGAGGGGGACGUGGGCGGCCGGACCACGCACCACUUCAUGUACCCCGAGAGUGCCAAGAACCUGCCUGCCAACGUCAGCUUCGUGCUGGUGCCCUUCAAGACCCUGGACCUGCUCUGGAUCGCCAGCGCCCUCUCCACCGGCCAGAUCAGGUUCACCUAUGCGCCUGUGAAGCCUUUCCUGCGGGUGGACAAGGAAAAGGUGCAGAUCUACAACCCUGCCUUCUUCAAGUACAUCCACGACCGCUGGACGGAGCACCACGGGCGCUACCCCUCCACCGGCAUGCUGGUGCUCUUCUUCGCCCUGCACGUCUGCGACGAGGUGAACGUCUUCGGGUUCGGCGCCGACAGCCGGGGCAACUGGCACCACUACUGGGAGAACAACCGCUAUGCCGGCGAGUUCAGGAAGACCGGGGUGCACGACGCCGACUUCGAGGCGCACAUCAUCGACAUGCUGGCCAAAACCAGCAGGAUCGAGGUCUACCGGGGGAACUGAGGGCCGGACGGCGGCGCGUCCUCCAGCUCGCCCACGCCAAGGAGCGGGGCUCAGUGCCCAGCCGGCAGCGGGUGGCCCCCGGCACCCGUGGGUGCUCGCCGGCAGCCCCUGGCCAGCAGCACGGCCCCAAUGGAGCUGCCCCGGGCGGCACUCGGUGCCUGUGACCAAUCAGGUUUUGAGCGAAAAAGGAGACUUUUUGUUGUUCUGGGGGUUUUUACUUAAUAUUAUUGUUAUUAAGGACCCCGUCUCAGCCGAGCGAGGAUUUACAGACGCACUCAGCGCCCGGCAGGCUGGCGGGAGCGCCCAACUUGCAUCUCUUUACAGUCAAACCAAAUGCUGCUCUUUUUAAAAUGAAAACAAACAAAAAGAAAACACAAAAAAACCUGAAGCCCGGCGACUUUGGGGAGCGCCCGAGCCAAGGGCAAAGUGACAAUCAACCCCCGAGGGCGCAGCUGUGCCAUGCCACCGCACCGGUGUCCGACGGCCACCUCCUCCGGCUCUGCCUGUCCCCGGGCCUGGAAGCCACCACUGCUUUCGUCCUUUAAUUUGAUUUUUUUUUCCUCCCCCUUCGCUUGGCGAUGUCCCUUUGCGGCUGCAAUCCCAUGGCCCCCGGGAAGGGGAGGUUGGACUCUCGUGGUCCCAUUGCUGGAGCCCACUGCGGCGCACUGAGAUCGGGCUGCGCCGUGGGGAUGCUGGCUCGGGGAUGCUGGCUCGGGGACGCCACCGUGCCAACCCCCCUGUGUCAGGGCCGGCGUCCUGGGCGCUCUUUGCCCAAGGUUAGGAGAAAUUUGGGGUGGGUGGCAGCAUGCAUCUGGCAGCUGAGACCUGCACAGCGGCAGCCCGGUCCCUCUGCAGCACCCAUGUCCUGACUAUGGUGACACCGAUGUGCGGCAGCAGGCGCGUGGCGAUGGACGGAGCAGGCUUUCCCUUCCCUUUCAGAACGGAAAAAGGGCAGGUGGGGGCUGGCUUUAGCAGGUGGACAAAGCGUGCUUUUUCUUUUGUUGUUUUCCCCGUUUGGCAGCUCUCAUGAGAAGCUGGAAACCCAAAGUCUUCGCUCCGCUCACGCCAGCAGGCAAGGCGUGGGAUUUUUUGGGAUGGGGAUUUUCAGGUCUCCAGGGCUAGCACCAUGCUCCCCUGGUGCCGGUGGCACAGGCAGGAGGCAUGGGGGGCACAGCCUCCUGGUGGCGUAAUUAAAACCGCUUUCUUUUGGGCAAUCAAGCAGCUGGGGUUGGGACAUGCUGGAAAGCUCAAGACAAAGGCAAUCAUGGAGCCGCUGGGCAACGCAAACCCCACGCCUCCACCUGAGGGAGAGCCCAGCCUGGGCCCUUGCUGCAGCAGUUAUUUGAGGACCGAUCAUGCAGGGAGCUUUGGGGGCUUGGUGUUUUUUUUCCUUUCACAUAUGGCUUUUCUGUAGCAGCCCCUUACCUGUUUCUCUGCUUUGGAUUGAUUUAUUUUUUUCCACGGGGUUUGCUUUUUUGAUUUUUUUGAGGUUUCUCUCUGCAGUCGUGAAGUGCAAGGCUUGGGGCACCCGGGCUGGGACCUCUCCUCUCUUCUGCCCAUGGGGCUCCAAUCCCAGGGUUUUUUCUGGGCAGGUUUUGGUAGAAGAAGCCCCAGGACACAUCCUGCGCCCUCCUGGGGUGUUGCCUUGGCAUUUGGUCCGUUUUUGUUUUUUUUUUUUUAGGGGAAGAAAACCACAAAAAUCACAAAACCACGAGCAACAACGAGUGCCUUGACCAUCUCCUGUCGGCUGCGCCAGACCGAGCCCGCUGCCGCGCUGCCCUGUGAGGUUGGAGUGCACCGAGGCCGACCCCGGGGCUUCCUCCUCUUCCUUCCCCUCCUGGGGGGCACGGGGUGGCCUCUGGGUGCCUCCUGGGUGCGGGGCAGAGGCUGGGGAGGACGGAUCCGGCGCGACGGGGCUGGACCAGCACCGCUCCCUGCUCCGGGCCAGACAAUCACGGGGCGAGAGGAGGCGCCUGGUCCUGAGCCUGCCGGCAGCACCGUGCCAGCAUCUGACAGUUUUUUGGCUAACUUCCUUCCCCCCCCCCACCCUUUUUAUUAUUGUUAUUAUUAUUAUUAUUGGUGUUGUUAUUAUUUAAAUUGUCCCGCCACGAGGACUCGCGACCACUCCACGCACGAGCAUGCUGCACGCCCCGCGGGCGCUGCGCCUACGAGCACCACUGUACUGUACAUAGAGGAGACGUAGGCAGAGGCUAUGGGCAGGGGGUGCCCCUUUUGGGGGGCACAGAGGCAGAAAGCAAGGUUUUGGGGGCCUCCAUCACACGGUGCCCAACUGGGAGAGGCAGCCCCAUGCCCUGUGCCAUGGCCGGGGGGGUCCCGUAGCCUCUGCCUACGUGGGUACUUCUGCACACAACUGUCUUAAACCAACUCUUUUUUGUUUUUUGGUUGUUUUUUUUUAGUCAAUAAAAAUCAUGCAUCCG